UCUGGUUUGGUUGCAUUUCCAACAAUUAAUUCAUCUUUCCUCCUACUCUCUCUCUCUCUCUCUUGCUUUCUCGGGCGAUACGUCUUUUCCUUCAUAUACAUCUCCGAUCUCCUCUCCUUCUUCCGUGCAGUUCUUGUUUUCACCCUUUCUCUCCUCCUCUUCUCAAUCUUCUGCCUCUCCGAUCACCUCCAUCCCACCCUACCACGCCACUAUGAGUAAAGGCAAGCUCACAGGCGCUGCUGUCGCCGAACACAACUCCAAGGACUCGUGCUGGGUCAUUGUCCAUGGAAAGGCCUACGAUGUGACCGAAUUUCUUCCAGAGCACCCGGGUGGCCAAAAGAUCAUCCUCAAGUAUGCCGGCAAGGAUGCGACCGAGGAGUUUGACCCCAUCCACCCGCCCGACACCCUCGACAAAUACCUCGAUUCUUCCAAGCAUCUCGGUGAAGUUGACAUGACCACCGUUGAACAAGAGGAGAAGACUGCCGAUCCCGAGGAAGAGGCGCGCCAGGAGCGCAUCAAGUGCAUGCCUUCCUUGGCGGCUUGCUACAACCUGAUGGACUUCGAGACCGUUGCCCGCAGCGUGAUGAAGAAGACCGCAUGGGCCUACUACUCCAGCGGUGCAGACGACGAAAUUACUAUGCGGGAAAACCACUCUGCCUUCCACAAGAUUUGGUUCCGCCCCCGAGUUCUCGUUGACGUCGAGCACGUCGAUUUCUCCACAACCAUGCUCGGCACCAAGGUAUCAGUGCCUUUCUACGUGACCGCAACCGCCCUCGGAAAGCUGGGCAACCCAGAGGGUGAAGUCGUCCUCACCCGUGCCGCACACUCCCACGAUGUCAUUCAGAUGAUUCCCACAUUGGCCUCCUGCUCCUUCGACGAGAUCGUCGAUGCCCGCCAGGGCGACCAGGUCCAAUGGCUCCAGCUCUACGUGAACAAGGACCGCAGCAUCACCAAGCGCAUUGUCCAGCACGCCGAAGCCCGCGGGUGCAAGGGUCUCUUCAUCACCGUCGAUGCUCCCCAACUCGGCCGUCGUGAGAAGGACAUGCGCUCCAAGUUCUCCGACGUCGGCUCCAACGUGCAGGCCAGCGGCGGUAGCUCCGUCGACCGCUCCCAGGGCGCCGCCCGCGCCAUCUCCUCCUUCAUCGACCCCGCUCUGUCCUGGAAGGACAUCCCCUGGUUCCAAUCCAUCACGAAGAUGCCCAUCCUCCUCAAGGGUGUCCAGUGCGUCGAGGACGUCCUCCGCGCCGUCGAGAUGGGCGUGCAGGGUGUCGUCCUCUCCAACCACGGCGGUCGCCAGCUCGAGUUUGCCCGCUCCGCCAUCGAAGUCCUCGCCGAGGUCAUGCCCAUCCUCCGCGAGCGUGGCUGGGAGAACAAGAUCGAGAUCUACAUCGACGGCGGGAUCCGUCGUGCCACCGACAUGCUGAAGGCCCUCUGCCUCGGCGCCAAGGGCGUGGGUAUCGGCCGUCCCUUCCUGUACGCCAUGUCGGCGUACGGCCAGCCCGGCGUGGAACGCGCCAUGCAGCUCCUCAAGGACGAGAUGGAGAUGAACAUGCGUCUGAUCGGCGCCACCAAGAUCGACGAAUUGAACCCGAGUCUGAUUGACGUGCGGGGCCUGGUGGGCGGUCAUCAUGCCACUGUGCCGUCGGAUACUCUCACCUCGGGUGCUUAUGAUCCUCUCCAGGCGCCUCGGUUCAGCGAGAAGGCGAAGCUGUGAUUUUUGAAUAGAGCAUUUGUGUUUUCGAGUUUUUUUUUUUUUUUUUUUUUUUUUU